UCGUAACGCAUGAGUAAAUCGAACUGCGGCAGCUCUUCCACGUGAGUUUAUCAAGAGUCAAGUCAGUUAGUCGUGGUGAUGGAUGAACUAACAGAUCAGUCGAAUGUUACUGAGGUAAAAGCUAAAGCAGUGAAAAGAAAAGUGUCGUUAAUAAUCUGUGAAUCCUGUGGAUCAGAAGAAGCAAAAUAUAGGUGUCCUGGGUGCCUUACUCAUUCUUGCAGUUUACCUUGUGUGAAAAGGCACAAAUUGGAAGUGGGCUGCAAUGGCAUGCGUGACAAAGUUGCAUUUGUUCCGCUUGGAAAAUUCAAUGAAAUGAACCUUCUAAGUGAUUACAGAUUUCUGGAGGAUGUUGGAAGACUAACAGACGGUGCAAAUAGAGAUGACCUUAUCAGAAAAUUCACAUCAAACAAAUAUCUAAACAGUCUACGGAGCUUGGCCCGCAAAUACUCAGUGCAUUUAAAAUUACUACCUAUCGGGUUCACGAAAAGAAAAGAAAACUCCACUAUGUUUCACAAAAAGGCCCAAGUGAUCUUUUGGCAUCUGAAACUUAUUUUUGUACAAAGCCAAUGUGAAUUUGUUGAGAAAAGGGUUUCAAGUAGCCGAACACUCAGCGACAUUCUUGGCCAAUACAUACAUCCAACAGAAUCUGAUCCUGUAUUUCGUCAGAGAUUAAAGAUAUAUGCAUUAUCACCAUGCAAUGAAGUGGAGGUUUUCAUGAAAGCUGAAAACAGACGCUCUGAUGCUGUCAGGUAUUACAAGUUGGAUCCUACAAAAAGCCUAAUUGAAAACCUGAAGAACAAGACAAUAAUUGAAUACCCUACACUUCACAUUGUGCUGAAAGAUCAGGCUUCAAGAUAUUUAAUUCUUGGCCAAGAGAUCACAGAAUGCUGUGAGACAUCUCAAACUGCAGUCCAUUUUAAAGAAGAGGAACUGGAAGAAGGAGAACUUCGAGAUGACGAUUGUUAAAAAGAAAAAAUGUUUCUUUAAAGCUAUUUUAAGACGGUUUUUACACUUCCAUUUAAUAAAAAGGGUACAUUUUUACUGCAGUCAAAUGAACUUCAGUGUCAAUGUGUUUAUUUUUGGGUCAAUUUAUCAUAGUUAUUAGUCAUUUCUUUCUUUUUAAGAUAUCCAUUUCCUCACAUUUAACCCCCCA